AUGUCCACCACGUCUGAGACCGCCGAUACUGCGCCACAAGGUGCACAAGAAGCAGCAAGCCCUGUGGCCUCGCCGAUCCAUGCCCAGGCGCCCUCGACUGCUCCCCCUCCUCAACUCUCCCCCACCGCCUCGUCGUCGACCCGGUCUCGCUUCUUCGCGACCGCCUCGUCCCGCCCGUUCUCGCGCAGCGCCCUCCAGCGCCAGAGCGUUCACACCCUUCCCUCGAUCCACCACCUCCAGCACGGGUUCGCCAAACUCGGCCUCCUCGCUCAAGCCCACCCUCGCGCCGCACCGCCGCCGAGGCGCACCUCGUCGUCCUCGAAUGGCGUCCUCCAGCCUCUCGAGCACGAGAGCGCAGUCGACGGCGACGGCGGCGCGAUCGACGAGCUGGGCCCGCAGCCCGACAAGCCCGUCGUCGACCUGCGCAUGCCGUGGGAGCGCGACGAGGCGCUCACUCGCAGCGCGGUGCUCAAGGACGAGGCGCAGCUGCGCUCCGAGGCGUACGAGGCCCUCGAUGCCGUGUGUGACUGCUGGUCUAUCGCUCCCGGUUCGACACGCCCGCCUUGCCGACCUUCAUCUUCAUCGACCAUGUCGCGCAAUCCUUCGACCGCGUCCGCCAUCACGCCAAUGAGUCCAGCCGACGACACGUCCUUCCCCUCGUCCGCCGACGACGCCAAUCUCCCCCUCGUCCCCACCCUCCUCGCCACCACCACCCUCGCCGUCCGCGCCAUCCAGGCCUUCGCCGUCUCCCUGCCCUCGCCGCCCGCCCCGUCAAGGGCCGGCACCGAGAGCGCCGAAAACCCGCUCAUCGUCCUGCGCCGCACAAGCCUCGACGUGCUCGGCAUGCUGCGCGAGAUCGAGGCGCGGUACCGCCUGCCGGGUACCGUCGGUACCGACGACGCGGCGGUGGCUCGUCCAUCGACGCUCACGAGCGAGGCCGGCGACGAUCAGGGCGCGCGAGCGACGGGACAUGCCGAGGUCACCGCGCCGCACGGCGACCCGGCGUCGCAGACGGCGUCGCCAGAGCCGCAGUACCGCGUCGAUGUCGAGCUGUCGGCUCUCGAGCGCGAGGCGGCGCUCGUCGAGCGGUGGCUCGGCACGCGUGACCUGACUCGUGGGGGACCACCUUGGCGUACAGUCCGAGCUUACGCCAUCAUGGUCGCUGACGCGUCGGCGUCGACGGCUGAACACGCCCUGCCCGACCCCGCCGACGACUGGUGCGGCUUUCUCGACGCGCUCAGCGACGGCACCCUCCUCCUCGAGUCGUUCAACAACGUCCUUCGCCACUCGCCCUGGUCGCGCCCGUUCGGCUUCGUCCCCUCGUCCUCGAUACACGUCUUUCCUCCUCUCGCCGCGGUCGGCAUCAUCGGCAGCAGCGGUGGGCCAGCUUCGUCGAGCAUGAGCCGGACGGCGAGCGCGGCGAGCGACGGCGGCGAGAGGGUCGGCGCCACGUUCAGGAGGGCCGAGAACCUUGGGCAAUGGAGCGCUGCCCUCAAGCACCGCUACGCCCUCUCGCUCGGCCCGCCGCCGUUCGACAUCCGCCUCAUCGCUGCGCGCAGGCCCGAGUCGGCAGCCGAGUGGCGCGAGAUGCUCGCCGGAGCGGUCGAGGGCUGGGCAGGGGCGGUGGCGAGCGAGGCGAGCGAGGUCGAGAGCGAGCGGCAGCGGCGAGGGGAGGAAGGGCGAGCGAGCGGCCAGGGUUCGAGCGAGUAG